AUGAGCGGCGUCGCCGCGUCGUGCGCGUCGAGCGCGCCCCAAAGCUUCCGCGUCGGUCUCGUCGUCGCGCGCGAGAAGCGAUGCUCCGCGAACGCGCAUCGCGCGCGCGCGCGCGGGAACGCGACCGCCGCGGCCGCCGCGGCGAGGAAACCGAGGUCGACGAAGCUCGCGCCGACGCCGACGCCGACGCCGACGCCGACGCUGACGGCGCUGCGCGGCCGCGUCGUCGCGUCCUCGGCGAGCGAGGACGUCGCCGCGCGCGAGCGCGUCGUCGAAGAGGAGCGCGCGCCCAACGGAUGGUUUCUCGUCGGGUGCGACUCCGACGCCGGCGGCGCGCUCGCGGUCGUCCGCGGCCCUUCCACGGGCGUGAUCACCUCCGUGGACGUCAUCGACGCGCCGACGAUGAAGGUGGAGGUCAACGGCCGCGCGCGCGUGCGCUUAGACGUCGACGCGAUGUGCGCGGCGGUGCGCGAUUUGCGCCUUCCCCCGGGCACCGUCGCGCACGUGGAAGAGGGCGGCGUGGAAUACGGCUUCAGCGCGCAGACCGCGUUCGUGCAGGGGUACAACUUCGGUCUGUGGAAGGGCGUGUUAGCGUCCGCGGGGUUGACCGUCGUCGUCGUGAAGCCGCAGGCGUGGAAGUGGGCGUUGGGUCUCGCGCGCAAGGGCGCGGGGGGGAGCAAAGACGAGUCGCGCGCGAUGGCAAAAGCGCUGUUUCCCGAGGUGGAGGACGCGCUGAAGCGAAAGAAAGAUCACGGCCGCGCGGAGUCGCUGCUGAUCGCGGCGUACGGGCACAUGGCCGCGAACGCGCGGCACGUCGGCGGCGCGAGCGACCCUCUCUGCGCGCGCGUGCGAGACAUGGUCGCGGGGGCGGUUGAACGCGAAGAAAACGAAGACGCGAGCGACGCCGGCGACGGGACGUCGUCGAGGCCGGGCGGGCUGCGCGCGCGCCUCGGCCCGGACGACCCGCUGCCGUACUUUGGUCCGUACUUUGGCAUGACCGGGAAGGAGCUCUCGAGGGAGGCGAAGUCGAGGGGGCUGAAGUGCACGGGGAAGAAGAUGGAGCUCGUCGAACGGUUGGAGGCGGCGGACUUGGCGACCGCGGCGAGGGGGGAGAGGGAACGGGAACGCGGCACCCUGGAAGACGGAACGUCAACCGUCGCGACGACCGGCGCGGACGACGUCGCGGAGGUGGCGAGCGGCGAGCGUUUCGCGAAGGAAGCGAGCGCGUAG